CCAUAGAUAGAUAGAUAUAUAUGUCUUAUGACUCUACCCACUAAUAUUUCUAAACCCAGUGACGUUUACAUGAUUUCAUGGCGAUGUCAUCAGUUUGCGACUAAAUCUGAUGGAAGGAACUCAGUCAAAAUAUGUUCUGUACACGUGGGGAGCCAACAGUUACGGGCAGCUCGGACAGGGACACAGGGAAGAUCAAGCCGAGCCGCGGCGUGCAGACGGCGGACUGCAGGCGGAGCAGACCCGCUGUAUUACCGGAGGAGGCGGACAUUCGGCUGUCAUCACGGAAUCCGGUGAGCUGUUGAUGUGUGGACACAACCACAAAGGACAAUUAGGGCUCAGUCACACGUCAGAGGUCAUAACCUUUCAGCCUUGCCCUUUGCUUGGGUGCACAAGAGUUCAGCAGGUGUCCUGUGGUUGGGACUUCUCUGUCAUUCUGACUGGUGAUGGACAGGUCUUGGUGUGCGGCUCCAAUGCAUUUGGACAGCUGGGCGUCUCGCCAGGAAUAACGCACUCAGCAGAACCUUUACACGUGAAGACUCUGAAUGAGCCGGUAACUAGUGUGGCUGCAGGGCUCAGACACGCAUUAGCAAGUACAGCAUCAGGUUGUGUUUAUCAAUGGGGAACCGGUCUGUCGAGUCACGCUAAGAGAAUAUUAAGUCCCCAUCCUGUUCCUGCACAUCUAUCCUCUAAGGAGCCUUGCCUUGUCCCGGGGUUCGAUCACGUGACCCCACAGAAGGUAGUUGCAGGCUCCACCCACUGCGUUUGUUUGACAGUCAAAGGUGACGUGUUCCUCUGGGGAAGCAAUAAACAUGGUCAGCUGGUCAGCAAGAGCCUCUUCCUGCCGCUUCCUGUGGCUCUGGAUCAAUCUCUGCUGCAGGGCGAGAGAGUGACUGACGUUCACAGCGGCUGGACGCAUCUUGUCGCAAAAACUGAGAGUGGGCGGGUCUUUACAUGGGGCAGAGCAAAUUACGGACAGCUAGGACUGAUAAAUCAGAGUACAGAAAAAGAGUGUGACGUUUCAACAAACUCUGGCCAAAGUAUAAGCCGCCCCAUUGAGAUUAAAGCUUUAUUUGGAGCAACACAGAUUGCAUGUGGAUCUGAACACAACCUGGCUGUUGUGGGGGGUCAGAUUGUCUCCUGGGGCUGGAAUGAACACGGAAUGUGUGGAGAUGGUUCCCUCUGUGACAUCACACAACCGCGGCCAAUCCCCUGUCUCAGAGACGCUACGGCUCUUCUGAUUGGCUGUGGAUCAGGACAUUCAAUGGCACUAUGCAGUUUGAAGAGCAAUGAGGAUUCAGCAAGCUGAACAGGUUUGAGCGUUUGGCUCUCAGACUGUGACAAAGACUGUUUGCUUACGUUACGGUUUUAUUAUUCAUAAAGACUCAUUUAAGCCUUUAAAGGACAGAUUUUAGAUCAAAGUCUUAGAGAUGCAAAUACUACCCACGGAUGCACACAUUAUGCUUAUGACAUCAGGAAGCGCCCAAAAUAAACGUUUUUACAAAGAAGAACACUAGGUCUAUUUGCAGCUUCAUGCAAAUAUUCAUAACUUAAAUGAGAUUUAUUUUAGAGGCAUAUUCUAAAUGUUAAUAUAGUAAAUGUUAACGUUUAGUUGAUAUAUUGGUCAGUAAGGAAUAGUAGAAAUAAAUAUUCUCACUCUAAUGUUGUUAUAAACCUUUAUGGCUUUUUUUCUCCCAUUGCAUUCACUGAUGAAUUUGGGCUUAUACAUACUGUACUAGUGCCUUCGCAACAAUUCAAAAAGACUGGAAUUCAAUGAGAACAGACAAAUUCAAUCAGACGCUCAUUCUCUGGAUGGGUUUGACAAUUCACUGCUGAAAUGGCCAUUCACGCUUCCUUUGCUUUGAUGGACGGUCAACGAUCAUUUCCUCUGACCUUUUACCUCACAGUGACAAAGAAUACCCUUAAAUAACCUUCACUGUGGAGCCAUUAACUGAAACAGAUUUACUGCUUUGAAACGACCUGUCUGAAAGCACUCAGUCUCCCAGAAUGCCCUGUGAUGGGGCAAUCAUUUCCAGAUCCCAGAGUGAUAAUCUACUAAAGGCUAGGUGGGGGGAGGUUUAAAAAGUGAUUUUUCAAUAUUAUUGACAAGAGGAUCUGUAUGUUCAUGGGUUCAAAUAAAAUAUUUUGUGCUUCAAAACCACUCCUUUCCUGGUAAAAAAAAAAAAAAAAAAAAUAUAGAUCUUGAUUUUCAAAAGUUAACAAAUUUGCGACAGCUGAAUGUAAUAUUUUGUCUGUCAAAAAAUAACAUGCACAAUAAAAU